AGUUUCAGCCAACCCGGUUUCGUUAAGACAGGCUUGUCAUCAAACCAGAAAGAAAAUGGAAAUCUCGUGCCUGAUUCCCAUGAUGAUGAUACAUCCCUUUAUACCAACAAAUAUAUUUGAUUUUACGAACUUUCCCAGAAAAUAGUUUUUAACAGCUACUUGACAACUAAUCCAGACCACACCAAACCUCCUCCUCCUCUUCGUUUUCAAUCUUCCCUGUUUCUUCAAGCAAUUUCAUUUGCCCAAUUCUCUAUCAAUCUCUAUCUCUCUCUUUCUCUGCCUGAUUUAAUACAUCAAGUUCCUUUAUUGUUGUGUUGUCUCAAAAUCCAAUUCGCAAGAAACGUCUAUGAACAAUUACUUCGUGCAAUGACGGGCCAACUCUCUCGACUUCCUCUACACAUUGAUUAAAAAACCUUCAUUUCUCUUUGCAUUUGGGGCAUACCCUCAUACACUUUUCUGGGUUUUUCUUUGGGGAUCACAUUGUCCUGGUUCUUUGUAGUAACAGAUUUUUUUUGUUGAAGCUAGAGUGAAAGAGGGACUGGAGUAAAAAAAUGAGGAACUGGAGUUGGGGUUUAGUUGUGGUUCUUAAUUUUGCUUUUCUAUUGAGGAUUUGUGCUGUGGAGCUUCGCCGGGCUCAACAAACUGAGCGAAUUUCAGGUAGUGCUGGUGAUGUGCUGGAAGAUGAUCCGGUGGGAAGGUUAAAAGUUUUUGUUUAUGAGCUUCCAAGCAAAUACAACAAGAAAAUUCUGCAGAAGGAUUCCCGAUGUCUCACCCACAUGUUUGCUGCCGAGAUAUAUAUGCAUCGAUUCCUGUUAUCUAGCCCCGUCCGAACUCUCAAUCCUGAGGAAGCUGAUUGGUUCUACACCCCUGCAUAUACGACUUGUGACCUCACACCAAAUGGCCUGCCUUUGCCCUUCAAAUCCCCACGAAUGAUGAGGAGUGUGAUACAGCUUAUAUCUUCUAAUUGGCCUUAUUGGAACAGGACAGAAGGAGCUGAUCACUUCUUCAUAGUGCCACAUGAUUUUGGGGCAUGCUUUCACUAUCAAGAAGGAAAAGCUAUUGAAAGAGGGAUCCUUUCAUUGCUCCAGCGUUCUUCCUUGGUUCAAACUUUUGGACAGAGGAAUCAUGUUUGCUUAAAGGAGGGUUCAAUCACCAUUCCUCCGUUCGCUCCUCCACAGAAGAUGCAAAACCACCUGAUUCCUCCAAACACUCCUCGGUCCAUCUUUGUUUACUUUCGAGGUUUGUUUUAUGACGUGGGAAAUGACCCUGAAGGUGGUUAUUAUGCAAGAGGUGCACGAGCAUCAGUGUGGGAGAACUUUAAAGACAAUCCGCUUUUUGACAUCUCCACAGACCACCCAACAACUUACUAUGCAGACAUGCAACGAGCCAUUUUUUGUUUGUGCCCACUUGGGUGGGCGCCAUGGAGUCCGCGUUUGGUUGAGGCUGUUAUAUUUGGGUGCAUUCCAGUUAUCAUAGCAGAUGACAUUGUCCUACCGUUUGCUGAUGCUAUCCCAUGGGAAGAAAUUGGGGUCUUCGUAGCAGAGAAGGAUGUUCCAAGUCUAGACACCAUUCUCACUUCAAUUCCACCAGAAGUAAUAUUGAGGAAGCAGAGAUUGCUUGCCAACCCUUCAAUGAAACAGGCAAUGUUAUUUCCACAACCUGCUCAACCAGGCGAUGCUUUCCAUCAAAUUUUGAAUGGACUUGCACGUAAGCUGCCACAUGACAGGAGCGUUUUCUUGAAGUCAGGUGAGAAGAUCUUAAACUGGACUGCAGGUCCGGUGGGUGACCUGAAACCUUGGUAGCGGCUAUAGCGUGGAAAGUGAUCCCAAUUUUUUAUUUUACCCCCUCUACCUUGUCUUACUGCAAUGAAGAUGCUGAUAUUCAUUGAAGUUUUGUCCAUAUGUAUACUGCACUUUGUAUUUCUUUUUGCAGCUGUAGGGUUAUGGGGUAUUUGAUAUACUUUGACUUGGAGUCUAUUGUUUCAUCUGAAAGCUAGUUGUAAUUGUUCUAUGGUCAUCUUGCG